UACGCAAUACCUUAGUUACAUGCAUUUUAUACAAGUGUUUUGGUGCAAAAUGGUACUUGGUUUCAAAUGCUGGAAAAUGUGAAUCAUGUGCUUAUUUAUGAAACUUGAUAUUUUUAGCAAACUGUGAAUUAUCGAAAAGUGGCCUAUUCAUGUGUGUUUUGUUAUGGCUGGAUGUAGAACAUGGAGUAUGAUUUUGGUACUUGAAUGCUAUGAAUUGCUGAGGCUUAUGUUUCUAUGUUAUGUUCGUACGGUGUCCCGAGUUGUAAGGGACAGUAAAGAGACUAGUGACAUACAGAAGUAAGAGAGGGGUGUGGGCCAGGCACCCUAAGUGGUAUCAAUAUCAUAAGGUCGCUCCCUCUGACCUAGGGGUCGCUCCCCUUAUGUUCUUUCAAGGCCGUCUAAUAAUAGUACUACUUUAAAUCUAUCAGUAAAACCAUGAAGAGUCCUUCUACUUGGACUAUUAUGAAUGAGCUGAAAGGAUCUUAUGUCGAUGUUGCUUUUUUAUGAAUUUAUUCUAUCUUGCUACUAUUGAAAGUGAAGCAUUAUAAGAUGUAAAAUGUUUCCAUGGUCAAACCUGUAAACUUGGUAUUACGCAUCUCACAUAAGCUUCUGCUUAUGCAAAUAUUUUCAUUUUUUUUUCCAGGGAAUAGCAUAUAUAGCAAUCAACUGCUCAAUGCCUGUUUGUGCUACGUGGUCAUUCAUAAGUUCUCUGAUGGUUUGUACUUAUUAUACCUGUACACUCUAGGAUUAUGUUAUUUAUUCUACACUUCUGCAUGCUUUUGUUUAUUUAUAUGGUUUAAAAUGACAAUGAUGCGGGAAAUCCCUAAACUAGAAUAUGAGCAGGCUUUCGGCAGCUUAACAUCCGCUUGGCCGGUCACGACUUCCAAGGUCGGUUUUGGGUCGCGAUAGUGUGUAUAUAAGAUUAUGAGGCUUUGACCUUGGUUAUUGAUUCUUUCUGUCGAGAGGAAUCGAAAAAUUGAAUAAGCGCAAAAUAGCCUAAAAAACUAAGAGGAACAAGAUGUCUAUACCUUAUAGACAAACAACCCUAAAAAUCCCAAAGAAGAACAGAGUCUGAGUAACGUUAAAAUUAUGUGUGCAGACCUCCCUGCUGUCACACAUUGUGAUGAGAUUUAAGACCAAGUAUUCAUAUACACAACAUGUGCUCGUGGAUGGGACGCAAGGGCGGAACUAUGUGUACUCAUAGUGGGUUGGACUAUAGCAAUUCAACUUUGAAAAAAAGCAAAAAAUUUCAUAUGUAAAGUUUGGCCCAAAUAAUUUUCGCCCAACGAACCCAUUUUAGACCAAAAGAGAUUGCAUUCCUCGCUCCGGCCCUUGAUGGGACUGGCAAGAUAUGUUUGACAGUACACUAGGAGAACUGAAUAACUUCUCUAUCACAAGACUGUAAAGCCACACCGGAGUAAGUAUUGAAUGUGUGGUUUUAGAGUGAGUUGGGGCACAUGGCCACUUAAUAAUUUUCAAAAAGGAAAAGGGUUUAAACAAAACCAAUAGAAGGACUCAUAUCGAAUUAGAAUUUUUCCAAACUUAAAAGCCAUGUGAUCACGUUUAGUCCCGAGUAAAUCUUUAGUCUAGACUGAUUGCCAUUGCCUAAUUUACAACACAUGUCUAAAAUCAUACAUUUGUCAAACGAGAUUGGCUCACGGAGCCGCGCGAUCUCUACCGUCCAUUUCGGCUUUAGACGGUCCGGAUAUAGAUCAAUAGAUUUCUCGCCUCUCCGGGAAUAAUAUCAACGAAUUCACCCUGACUUACGGAAACUGCGAGCGUCGCUUAUUACCACGUUGCUUCUUUUCGUGCCUUGACUUGACUCACUUGGAGCUCCAUAAUAUCGUUCUUGAACCUCCUCCGGAGUUCAAAGGUUUUCGUAACCUCAUCGCGUUAAAGUUUAUCAGAGUUAAAUUCAAGGGCAACAUAUUUGAGAGUCUCAUGUGUGGGAGCCCCCUGCUUCAGAAGCUGAUCCUAAUGAAUUCCCCAGGCAUCGAUCAUUUCAAGGUUUCUGCUCCUAAUUUGGAAAGCUUAUGUUUUCAAGCCACUAGCGUGUUCAAGACAAUCUGUUUCGAAAACGUCCCGAAGCUGACUGAUGUCACAAUUUGUACAAUGGACACAGAAGCAGAUCAUUCCGCGAAGAGCUCGACUCUGUUGGAAUUUCUCAGUAGCUUGCCUAAACUCACCCGGCUUUCUGUGAAUGGUAAAUUUUUGAAGUUCUUAGCAGGAGACACUCUUCCACAAGAGCUUCCAACAGCAGCUGAAGCACUGAUGUAUCUCAAACUAAAUAGCUUGGAUUUCGCCAAUUUUGAUGAGAUUUCUUGUGCUCUUUGCUUGAUUAGAAACAGCCCCAAUUUGAAGGAACUUCAUAUUAAGUGGUAUCAGAGCAGAGGUCCUCGGCCAUGGCAGAGACGUGUGCGCAGGAGCAGAAGCGAAUUGAAGAUGCUCUUCGCCAGCUCCGGGACGCUACCAACAAACUCAGUGAGAACGAUGAGAAGCUAGCCGCUACAAUUACCCAACUCCAGGAGACUGAUGAGCGAUAGGAGGAUUCGGUCAAUCAAAUCAAAGAGAUGAUCGUAGCGCUAACAGUUCGGUACGAUCAACGCUAACAGUUCGGUACGAUCAAGACUCCAAGAUGAAGACACCUCCUUCUCCUCUUCGAGGAGAAUUUAUGGAAUCCUCCCACAAAACCCCUGGGAGUUCUUCUAGGUUGGUCUAUAUGGAGGUUGAAGACCCUUUUGGAUGCACACUUGACAAGCUUAGAGUUGUCAAGAUGGAACUCAUCAAGGGUUUUAAGCCUGAGUUAGAGUUGGUCCAGUAUUUACUUUCCAAUUCACCGUUCUAGGGGAGAUGUCUAUCAAGUAUAAAUUCAUAAACUCAAAAGAGAUUGAUAUUGGAUAUGGUAACAGAGUUGAUACGGUGUUACAAAACAUCUCCAACCGUAGAUAUCUCUCUAACCUAAUUGGUGAGAAAGAUUAUGGGUCCAUAUAUUAGCUUUUUUUUAUUCCUUGGUAUCUUUCCCAACUGGGAAAACUUUCAGUAACUCGCAAGUUUCUUUGAAAUAUUGGAGAUUGGAAGAAA